GGAGGAGGAGGAGGAGGAGGAAAAAGGCUUUGAAUUUUUUCUUUCUUUUUCCUGAAGUGCAAAUCAGCUUGGGACACCUGAGCCUGCUAUGCCAACUGAACUCUCCCACAUGGUGAGAAUGCAUGCCAUCUCUGAUUUUCCCUCCUCGUUGACAGCACGGCUUCUCCACAAGGGUCCAGAGUACCUUCGCAAGCAGAUGGAGGCAGCCAACCCUAGCAGGAAGAGCGCCGUGGAAAGGUUGGCAGCAGAUAAGGCCAAGUACGUGAAAAGCCAGCAAGUCAUCGGCAGGAAGCAGGUGCCGGCUGUCACCCUCAGCUCAACUUCUGAGAGUAGCAGCGAGACUUGCUCAGUGGAAAGCAAGAAGGUUGAGCUCUCAAGAGAGAAGAAGGACACAGCAGCCCAAGUUCCCACGGCCACUGAGCUGAGUUCGGUAGCCCUGCAAGGCGGCCCUCCCAUUGUGAAGCGCAACAGUGGUAAAAGGCAGAUCCGACCAGACUCCUUGGUGAUCUAUCGUCAGAAAUGUGAGUUUGUCAGAGGUCAAAGCCAGGAGAACACUCGUGGGAAUUUGGUCCGGAGGUUGUUCCAGGGAUCCUUCAAGGAAAAGCAGCUGAUUUCUGAGGUGUCCAAAAUUGUUCUCAAGGAGGAAACCAUUCCUGAAGUGGAAGGGACUAUUUUAGGCAAAGACACAAGACAUAGCUAUGAUCUAGAAGGACAGAAUUCACCCACAAAGGCAAACCCAACUCCCUUUCUGGUCAGCAGAUGCAAAAAUGCCCUAAAUGUGACUUCAACACCUUAUGACGUAAAGGAGAUGAGACAGAAAGGUCUUCAGAGAUCUCAGUCAGAUAUCAGUUCGCGAUAUUCAAAAUCCUUCUCUGAAUUUGACACUUUCUUUAAGAACUGUGGCCUUGAACCUGAAGUAAUAAAAGAUUUAGGCCAAGAGAAUUUUUCGGUAACUUCAGACAACUUCUCAUUCCACCGCCACAGCAUCAGCGGGGCAGCUUCUGAAAGUGACUUCACGAGACACAGCGAUGAAGAUGGACUCCUGGAGGAAGAGCUCACGGAACAGGCACCUAGUGGCACCUCUGUGGUUGAACGCAAUGCUCGGAUAAUCAAGUGGCUGUACAUGUGCAAGAAAGCCAAAGAGGCUAAUGUGAUGAUGCAGAACUUGGCAUAAGUAAGGACUGCUUUCUUUACAGAGACACCCAGAAUAGAUGUGUUCAAUGAAGAGUGAAUACAACAGAGAACGGAUUUACAACAACCAUUUCCCACUUCCUUCUUCACCAAGGAGCAGGAGAAUCUUUGUUGCUUCUUAAAGGAUGAAUUGAAACCUCAGACCCAAGAGAUGGAAGCUGAUGCUCCUUGUUGUAGUUAUGAACAGAAAGCGUGAUUCAUGCAUGGGCCUCUUUUGAUGUACAUUUUCAUAACAAAGUGGAAACUUAUAGUUAAUUGUCUCUGGGAGAUAAUUUCAUUGUUUCCAACAAUGAAAAGCAUAAUUUCUGUAUAAGAAAACUUUGUGUGUCUGUGUUUCUGUGUGAGUGAGCAUGAGUGUGUGUGCGCACGUGUGUGGAUGUGUGUACUGUAUGAAAGGUGAGAAAAGUACAUGUCCACUUUGUGGCUUGUAUUUAUAAGAUACUACACUGAUGGAUAUAGAUGGAUAUAACCAUGUGGGACAAGUUAAUGCUCAGAAACAAUUCUCUCCAACAUUCUGGUCUAAACUGCUCAGUUAAUGUUUACAGUGGAAUAGAUAGGGUCUUCUCUAAAUAUAGGUAGCUGCCUUUCAGUUAGGCAGAUUAUCUGUCUGUCUAUCUAUCUAUCUAUCUAUCUGUCUGUCUGUCUGUCUG